AUGCAGUCCGACGCCGAGAUCCGCGCCAUCCCGGCGCAGCCCGUCUCGGCGCCCCUCCGCUUCGACCCGGCCCAGUAUGGCGCCAACUCGCACCUCUCGCCCCUCUCGCGCUUCGAGCGCCAGGCACCCUCCGGGCCAAGCACCCCCUCGUACGGGUCCGAGGCGGGCUCGGUGGCCAGCGGGUCCCACUCGCAGCGCAAUUCUUCGUCGGCAGACAACCCCUCGCCGCUCUCGUCGAGGAGCUGGAUCCCAAAGGUCGAGGCCUACAAGCUCAUUGUCGAGGAGAUGUUUCGUCAGCUGAAAAAGGAGCGCCUCGUCACCGCGGCCCCCUUUGUCGUCAACGGCGUCGCCUGCCGCCUCGGGCGCAACAAGUACACCUACUACCCGCCCAACGACGACCGCCUCCUCAGCUGGGUCACGGCGCUCCACCUCCUCAAUCCCGAGGCCGCCUUCACGCUCACCUCGAGCGUCGCCGCGAGCAUCUGCGCCGGCCUCGAGCCGGGCACCACCGAGGUCAUCCUCACCGACGAGGACUUUGUCCAGGUCGUCGAGACCACCGAGGGGCUCGGCAAGGCGCGCAAGGCGCAGGGCGCCUGCUUUGUCCGCACCCAGGGCUGCCUCGUCGUCUGGGCCGACACGGUGCAGGACAUGGUCGAGGCCGGCCGCGUCCUCGAAAAGAAGAUGAUCAAGUACAUCUGGAGGCGCGCAAAGGCGAGCAACAGCCCCUACUCGACGCUCGCCUCGACGCCCUCGAGCGCCGUCCACAGCGCCAGGUCGAGCGCCGUCGGCCACGGCUCCACGCCCAGCAGCGGCCCCUCGACGCCCUUUACGCCGCCCUCGCACCCGGCAGCGGCGCUGACGCGGCCGUUCCGCAAGUUCUUCUCUCCCAGCGGCCCCGCAACCUCGCAGCGCCUCCAGAGCGCCACAUCCCUCGUCGGUAGCGAGAAGCCGGCGCUGCUCGGGCCCACCGACAGCACCGCUGCCAUCGCCGGCCUCGAGCCUUCGCCGAUGAUCAACGAGAAGCUGGGCGGCGACCCGACGGUGGCGGCGGCGGCGGCGGCGGAGGCAGGUGGCGAUGUGCCUGACGAGGAGGGCGGACAGCCUGCCGUCGGCUCGCUGCAGCGCGGACGCACCGUCAACCUCUACGGCCCGCUCUACACGGGCAUCGGCGUCGGCCUCAACAUCCUCCUUGCCGGCCUGCUGGCGCGCAGGGUCAUUACCAUGUGCCUGCUCGACGGCUCCUACCUGCGCCUCGCCGUGCUGGCCGUCAUCCCGGCGCAGAUGCUCAUCUGCCAGUUCCUCUGCGACAACAUCGUCGGCAUCGUCGCCCAGGUCUUUAUGCCCAUCGCCCAGCUCAACCGCAACAGCCUCUACUACAGCGGCAAGCGCAGCCCGCGCCUGCCCGCCGGCAGCAAGCUCCCGCACUUCACCGUCCAGAUGCCCGUCUACAAGGAGGGCCUCGACUCGGUGCUAGCGCCGACGAUCGAGAGCGUCAAGAAGGCCGUGGCCGUCUACGAGCUCCAGGGCGGCACCGCCAACAUCCUCGUAUCCGAGGACGGCAUGCAGCUGCUGUCGCCCGAGGAGCAGGAGGUCCGCCGCGACUACUACGAGCGCAACAUGGUCGGCUGGGUGGCGCGCCCGCGCCACGGCGACAAGGGCUACCUGCGCAAGGGCCGCUUCAAGAAGGCGAGCAACCUCAACUUCACCUGCAACCUCUCGAUGCGCAUCGAGGAGAUCAUGGACGACAAGCGGCCCGAGGCGACGAUGCUGAGCGGCGGCGAGUGGUACGACGAGGACGAAAAGGCCCUCUACGCCACCGCCAUGCAGCAGGCCAUCGACGAGAGCGAGGGCAAGGCGUGGGCGGCCGGAGACAUCCGCAUCGGCGACUACAUCCUCCUCAUCGACUCGGACACACGCGUGCCCGCCGACUGCUUCCUCGACGCCGCGUCGGAGCUCGAGCAGUCGCCCGAGGUCGGCGUCCUGCAGCACUCGAGCGGCGUCAUGUACGUGGCCAACCACUUCUUCGAGAAGAUGAUUGGCUACUUCACCGAGGUCGUCAACCUCGCCAUCUCGUGGUCGGUGGCCAACGGCGGCGUGGCGCCCUUUGUCGGCCACAACGCCUUUCUGCGGUGGCGCGCCGCCCAGCAGGUCAUCUUCACCGACGACGACGGCGAGCGCUGCGUCUGGUCGUCGGCGCACGUGUCCGAGGAUUUUGACAUGGCGCUCCGCCUGCUGAUGAAGGGCUACGUGGUCCGCUGGGCGACCUACAGCAACAACCAGUUCCUCGAGGGCGUGUCGCUCACGGCCGACGACGAGCUGAACCGGUGGCAAAAGUACGCCUACGGCUGCUCGGAGCUCGUCCUCAACCCGCUGCGCAAGUGGCCCACCCGGGGCCCGCUGUCGCCCCUCUUCAAAAAGUUCCUCUGGUCGGACUGCUCGACGACGUACAAGUUCAACGCCUGCUCGUACAUUUUCUCGUACUGGGCCAUUGCCGUCGGCACUCCGAUGACGGUGGCCAUGUACUUUGCCAUGGGCCUCUUUUGGCCGCUCAUGGACCCGAUCCCGCUGCCGCCGCUGCAGAUCUGGUUCACGGUCGUGUUUGUCUUUUCCAUCUUUGGCACGUUUGCCCAGCUCGUCUUCCGGGCGCGCGCCUCGCGGGCGACGUUCGUGCACGCGCUGGUGCAGACGGUCAAGUGGACGCCGAUGCUCUGCGUCUUUUUCGGCGGGCUGGGCUACCACGUCAUGCUGGCGCUGCUGGCGCACCCGUUCGAGUACAACAUGACCUGGUCGGCCACCGUCAAGGACGUCGAGGAGUCCAACUUCUGGAAGGAGAUCCCCGCCAUCUUCAAGCGCUUCGGCCACUGCAUCGCCUUCAUGGUCCUCUUUGCCGCCGCCAUGGUCGUCAUGGGCUCCGACCUCAUCCCGCUCGAGUGGCGCAUCCUCGAGCCGGCCAUCUACGCGCCGGCCAUUGCGUUUGUCGUGGCACACCUCGUCUACCCCUUUGUCCUCAACCCCUGGCUCGUACGCUUCGAGUUCUAG